AGCUCCAAUUAAUGGCGACCAAGCUCCAAAACUGCAAAAUUUACCCUUCUUCUUCUUCUUCUUCUUCUUCUUCUUCCUCCAGCAGCAGCAAUCAAGAAUUCUACACCCCAUUAACACACUUCGACAUUCCAUUCCUACAAUCUGAUCCCACAAAGAGACUCAUCUUCUUCGAAUUCCCCUGCUCAGACCUCCAUUUCCAUGAACACAUCCUUCCAUCGCUGAAAAAUUCUCUCUCCCUCACUCUCGCACACUUCCUCCCCCUCGCCGGAAACGUAGUCCUCCCGUCAAACUCCGGCAGCCCCGUCAUCCGCUACGUCUCCGGUGACUCCGUCUCCCUGACCGCCGCUCAAUCCGAUCAGGAUUUUCACUAUCUUGCAUCGCACCAUCAACGACUUGCCAAUCACUUCUACGAGUUAAUCCCCGAGCUGCCGCCCGCAGCCCGUCGCCCCGACUCCUCCGUCGUCUUCCCCGCCGCGGCUAUCCAAAUCACACAGUUUGCGGGACAGGGAAUCUGCAUUGGCAUCACCAAUCAUCACGCCGUCGCCGACGAGAGCAGCACCGUUAAUUUUGUGAAGUCGUGGGGUUGUGCUAACAGAUUCGGAGACACUGAAGCAUUUCAUCAAACACUUGCUACACAUUUCCCACUUUUCGAUCGAACUUUGGUUGAAGAUCCAAAAAGAUUAGACUCCAUCGCCUUGGAAUUCAUUAGAAAUCGGAAUCUUCCAAUCGAGCAACCCUCUUCGGUGGAAUUUUCCACCAACAGAAUUCGCUCAACUUUUCUCCUAACAAAAAAUCAAGUGCAAAACCUCAAAAAUCAUGUUUACACUCAAAUGCCUGAAUUGGGCGACGUUUCAUCUUUCACGGUUAUCGCUGCUUACGUUUGGAUUUGUAUGUUGAAAGCAGAGGGCUCUUUCGACGAAGAUGAGAUCGCCUACUUCGGUUUCGCCGCAGAUUGCCGUGGACGUCUAGAUCCGCCGCUGCCGGAAUUUUACUUCGGAAAUUGCUUAGUUUUCGUGAUUGCAGAAUCUCGGCGCGGAUUGCUGAAGAAGAAGGACGGAUUUCUGAUUGCUGUGGAGAGUAUACGAGAGGCGAUUCGAAGAAAUCUGUAUAGCGAUGGGGGAAUCCUCGAAACCGCCGAUUGGCCGCUGGAUUUCAAGAGAUUUAGUGGAAAAUGUGUGGUAUCAGUGGCUGGAUCGCCAAGAUUUGACGUUUACGAAGCUGAUUUCGGGUGGGGGAAGGCGAGGAAGCAGGAAUUCAUGCAUCUUGAUGGGGAGGAGAGAUCGAUUUCGUUGGGCAAAUCUAGGGAUUUUGAGGGUGGAUUUGAGAUUGGGUUGUCGAGGAACAAGGCUGAAAUGGAUGCUUUUGAACUAGUUUUUCGUGAGGGACUUUGAGAUUCAAUGAUUUUAAGGUCCGAUUUAUGUAUCAAUCUCAAAUUUAAUACUUUAAAAUUAAUUAUU